AUGUCUUCAAAUGAUGAUACACCUCCUUCAUCUCCUCUGCAAGACAGCCCCACGGAAACGAAAGUGGAGGUAGAAGAAAGAGAUAUUGUCACGGAGAAGGAGAUGGACGUUGAAGAUGACGACAAUGACGACGAUGACACUGUCGACCACAAAUCCAGGGCCCUCACAAAGUUAUUGCAGACUAGCUCCGUAUUUGUCGCCAUCAUGGCCGAUAAAAUGAAGCAACAGCAAAAACAAAAUCAGGAAGCGGCCCGCCGCACUGCUGCAAAGAAGCAGAACAAUGAGGCGAAAGCAGCGCAACCUAAGAUUGCUACCAGGAAGUCAACAAGAGCUGGGACAGAGCAAGUCUAUCCACCAACCAAAGAAGAUGCACAGAAAACACGAAGGGGCAAGCCAAAAGCUACCAAGACCACUAUUUCAGCAAGGAAAAACAUCACUGACUAUUUUGGAUCUACAACCAUUGAUGUUAACUCAAAGGGCCCUUCCGUACAAGAAGCUCUUGCCGAAGCCGCAGACGAAUACGAAGGUGAGGGCCUUGGUGCUCAGGAUCUCAUCGCAACAGACCAGCCGAAGCUUGUGACUGGUGGUCAAAUGAAGCAAUAUCAACUUGAAGGUCUAGAGUGGCUCAAGUCACUGUGGAUGAACGGUCUCUGUGGUAUUCUUGCGGAUGAGAUGGGCCUUGGAAAGACUCUGCAAGCCAUCUCGAUGAUUGCCUUUUUCAGAGAGCAUAACAUCGCAGGCCCUUUCUUGAUUGCAGCACCUCUCAGUACAGUCAGAAAUUGGGUCGAAGAGUUCAAGCGCUGGACUCCAACGAUAAACACAAUCUUAUACCACGGAAGCAAAGACGAAAGAGAGCAAAUGCGGAGGAAGAGUAUGAAGAUGUCCCACCAGAGUCAGCCUGAGUUUCCCAUUGUUGUCACUAGCUAUGAGAUAUGCAUGAACGACAGGAAAUUCUUAGGUAACUAUCAGUGGCGAUAUAUUAUUGUCGAUGAAGGACAUCGGCUGAAGAACAUGAACUGUAAAUUGAUCAAGGAACUGAUGACAUACAAUUCUGCCAAUCGACUUCUGAUCACCGGCACCCCGCUGCAAAACAACAUUGCUGAACUCUGGUCACUACUACAUUUUCUGUUACCAGAAGUGUUCAACGAUCUCGAUAGUUUCGAGAGAUGGUUUGAUUUCUCUAGCGUGCUCGAGGACAAGGUCGAGGGCAAAAAUGUCAAGAGAAAAAGCAAUCUGGUUUCUACAAUGCAUGCGAUCUUGAAGCCUUUCCUCCUUCGACGAGUAAAGACCGAUGUGGAGUCAUCCUUGCCCAAGAAACGAGAAUAUAUCCUUUACGCGCCUCUUACACCUGAACAGAAGGACCUAUACCGGGAAAUAUUGUCUGGAACAAGCCGGACGUAUCUCGAGGGCAAAGCUGUUGAGCGCAUUGAAGCCAAAAGUCGCAGCACUUCCCUCAAGCGCAAAGCAAAUGGGAGUGGACGAUCAACACCUGCAAAAAGCGUUAAACAGAGUCGCGAAUCCACGCCAGCUUCAGUUAGAUCAGCCGCUUCAAGAAGGGGGGGCCGCAAAACAGCAAGAAUGAGUUAUCGGGAUGUAACAGAUCGAGAAUUCCAUGCUCGACUCCUAGAAAUAGAAAUGGGAAAUGACAACGUCAGUCUCGACAGAGCGUCACCAACAGCAGACUCUCAAGACAUAUCCUCAGAUGAGGCUGAGGAGCUAGAACGUGCUCAGACGCUCAAGUUGGCUAAGAAGGAGAUCUCGUCAAAGAAACUACAAAACCCUAUUAUGCAGGCCCGACUUGCCUGUAAUAGUCCACACAACUUCUAUUGGCCAUGGAAGCCAACUACCGUGGCAGAAGAAGAGUCUGGUGAUUAUCCCCAGGUUGAUGAGAGUUUGAUCACUUCGUCUGGCAAGAUAUUGCUUCUGGACACCCUUUUGCCACGGCUGUUCAAGCUGGGUCACAAAGUUCUAAUCUUCAGUCAAUUCAAGACGACCCUGGACAUCCUGGAGACUUAUGCAGUCGAGCUUCGCGGUUGGAAGGCAUGCCGGAUUGAUGGGUCAGUUGCGCAAGAGGAUCGCUACACACAGAUCACGAAUUUCAACGUUGACAAAUCAUACAACGUGUUCUUCCUGUCCACAAGAGCUGGUGGGCAAGGCAUCAAUCUGACGGCGGCCGACACAGUCAUUUUAUUCGAUUCAGACUGGAACCCUCAGCAGGAUUUACAGGCUAUGGAUCGUGCCCAUCGAAUUGGCCAAACGAAACCGGUCAUCGUCUACCGUUUGGCAACUCGAGGUACGGUGGAAGAGACCCUCCUAUACAAAGCAGACGGUAAGCGCAAACUAGAGAAACUGGUUAUUCAAAAGGGCAAAUUCAAAUCUCUUCUAUCUAGCACCCAAGGCCUUUCUGGCACGGAUGCGGAAGAAUUGAAAGGUGCUCUCGCAAACGAAGAUUUCGAGAAGUACGAUAUCCCGCAUACGGAUGGCACUGGUGCGAUCCUUAGUGAAUCGGACUUGAAGAUCUUGACAGACCGGUCAGACAAGGCGUACGAGCGUGCAGAAAAGGGGCUUGACGUCGGUGGCGCAGGAACAUCCUUCAAGGUUGCUGAAACAAAGAGAGGCGAUGGGGGCACUGCGGAUGUGCUUGACGACCUGACAGUCAGAAGCAAGCCAAUGGCUUGA